UCGUACGUCUUUAUCUUUGUAAUUAAUGCUUUUCUAUAUUUGAGGUUGACAUUUCACUGUAAUAUACAAACCUUCUUGUUAAUAAACAGAAUUUGUAUUUAACAGUAACAAAAAUGUUAUCAGCUAUUGUCAAAGAGCAUCAGAGUAAACAAGUUGCCAGGAAGGAAAGACAAGAACAGAAACGAAGGGAAGCUGUGCAAGCUGCAAAUAAUUUAACACAGGCUCUUGUUGAUCAUCUAAAUGUUGGAGUGGCUCAGGCAUAUUUAAACCAAAAAAAAUUGGACGCAGAAGCAAAACAAUUGCAACAUAGUGCAACUAAUUUUGCUAAGCAAACUCAAUCUUGGCUAAACUUAGUCGAAUCCUUUUCAAGUGCUUUAAAGGAAAUCGGAGAUGCUGAGAAUUGGGCUCGAAGUAUAGAAGGGGAUAUGAGAACCAUAGCUACUGCUUUAGAAUAUUCAUAUAAAGCUACUCAAGAGACACAAGGUACCAGUACAAGCUAAAUAACAGAAAUUACGAAAUUCAUAUGCUACUGAAUAUGUCUAUCUAAAUAUCUUUUAAAUAAAUGAGCAAAUAAAAUAUA